UUAAGGACCACAUUAAUCCCACCACAAAAGAUGUCCGACGAGUACGUUAUCAAGCCAGAGGCUGUCGCUCCAUCGAAUGACACUUCCGAAUGGCCUUUGUUGUUGAAGAACUACGACAAAUUGCUUGUCAGAAGUGGACAUUACACCCCUAUUCCAUCUGGAUGUUCUCCAUUGAAGAGAGAUUUAAAAUCUUAUGUUUCUUCUGGUGUCAUCAACUUGGACAAGCCAUCCAACCCUUCUUCCCAUGAAGUCGUUGCUUGGAUCAAGCGUAUCUUGAGAUCCGAAAAGACUGGUCACUCUGGUACUUUGGAUCCUAAGGUUACUGGUUGUUUGAUUGUUUGUAUUGAUCGUGCCACCAGACUUGUUAAGUCCCAGCAAGGUGCUGGUAAGGAGUAUGUCUGUAUCGUUCGUCUUCACGAAGAGUUGAAGGACGCUAAGGACAUGGGUAGAUCCUUGGAAAACUUGACCGGUGCUCUUUUCCAAAGACCACCUUUGAUUUCCGCUGUCAAGAGACAAUUGAGAGUUAGAACUAUCUAUGACUCUAACUUGAUUGAAUUUGACAACAAGAGAGGUCUUGGUGUCUUUUGGGCUUCCUGUGAAGCCGGUACCUAUAUGAGAACUUUGUGUGUUCAUUUGGGUAUGUUGUUGGGUGUUGGUGGUCACAUGCAAGAAUUGCGUCGUGUUCGUUCUGGUGCCAUGGGUGAAAAUGAUAACUUAGUUACUUUACACGAUGUCUUGGACGCUCAAUACGUUUAUGACAACACUAGAGAUGAAUCUUACUUGAGAAAGAUCAUUCAACCUUUGGAAACUCUCUUGGUUGGUUAUAAGAGAAUUGUUGUCAAGGACUCUGCCGUUAACUCUGUUUGUUACGGUGCUAAGUUGAUGAUUCCAGGUUUGUUGCGUUAUGAAGAAGGUAUUGAAUUGUAUGACGAAGUUGUUUUGAUCACCACCAAGGGUGAAGCCAUUGCCAUUGCCAUCGCUCAAAUGACCACCGUAGACUUGCAAGGUUGUGACCACGGUGUGGUUGCUAAGGUCAAGAGAUGUAUUAUGGAACGUGACACUUACCCAAGAAGAUGGGGAUUGGGUCCAGUUGCUCAAAAGAAGAAGCAAUUGAAGGCUGACGGUAAGUUGGAUAAGUUCGGAAGAGCUAAUGAAAACACCCCAGAAACUUGGAAGCAAGAAUACAAGGACCAUGAUGAAACCCCAGCUCCUGCUGUCCCAGAAUCUAAGUUGGUUGCUCCAGAAGUUCAAUUGCCAAAGAAGAAGUUGAUCGAAGAAGUUGAAACUCCUGCUGAAGAAGAAGAAGAAAAGAAGGAAAAGAAGGAAAAGAAGGAGAAGAAGGAAAAGAAGGAAAAGAAGGAAAAGAAAGAAAAGAAGGACAAGAAGAGAAAGGCUGAAGACGAUGAAGAAAAGUCUGAAAAGAAGAAGAAGUCUAAGAAGUAGGCCCGCUAUAUCAUUCACAUCACAUCUGUACAUUUAUUGUUAAUAAGAGAAAGGAAAAAUUGAAAACUUUAUUGUAGAUUAUCGUUUAAUAUUGAUCCCAUAAUAUUUAUUC